AUGUAUAAUGGUAGUAUUUCCAGCUGGGAAUCAACCAAUGCUGGGGUCCCCCAGGAUGUAAAGAUCCUUCGAGAGAAACAUCAUAUCAUUGGAUCCUUGACUGGCUCUCUACCUAGAUCACCAAGACAGAAUACUCAGCUUGGUUUGCCAUUACAACUCCUACCAGAGGAAGCUGCAGUGCUUAUUGAAUAUGAUGCAGCAAGGUUUGUAACUGUGAGCGUUCCAACACCAUCAUGCCAGGAUGUUUCAAUAUUCAAAGAAGCAAGAGAGCAAAGCUUUCAGGAACAGCAAGCAUUAUGGGAAAGCCAAAAACUGCAAAAGAAGGAACAGUUUGCUGCCAUCAUUUCAUCAGGACGUACAACAAAGAAACAUCGACGAGCUGAACGAGCUAAGAAACAGAAACGUGAAAAGAGUUUGACAAUCUCUCUUCCUUCAGUCAUCUCAAAGGAUGCUGCUGACAAGAAGAUUCUUCCUAGGAAUGAAGUGACUCUAUUUCAAACUGAUUCUGAAGUAAGAAAGAUUUACCACACUGAGGAGACGUUAUCCCAAGCAGGUGAAUGCUCAUAUCACAAGGACAAAAGUGCUUCAGAUUUGGAGCAAGAAUGCGUUUCUGUAGAAUGCAGCGUUGUGUCUGAUGAUAAAGAACAAAAUAUACCAAGUUUGCUGAAUCAUAACACCGUUACAAACACUUGGGAUUCUCACCUCCAUGCUAGUAGUGUGGCAGAUAAAACAUGCACAAACAUUAGAUCACGGCAAGAUGCCAAACCAGUAACCGGCUCUACAAGAGUAAUUGAACAAAGUCUUAAUGGAACUUCAGAAAAAUUGAUUAUUCCUGCUGCAGAGUCAAGUUAUGAGAUUAAUUUGAAAUUGCAAGUCUCAAAAUCCAAUUCAAGUUUGACCUCACAAGAUGUGUCUACUGAUAGCGAAGGCGCUAACAAGAAAAUUACAAAAGAAAUUCCUCCAGAUGCUAAAAACUGUGAUAUUUCGAGUGCAUCUUUCAUCAGUUUUAAAGGAAAUCGGACAAAUUGUGUCGGCUACAGCAAUCAAGAAAUGAUGCCAACAACAGUAGACUCGAUGCUGUCUCAGUACAAUGAAAACAGUGUGACACACGGUGUGACACUCAAUGCACAAGAUGUCCCCAGUGGCCAAACUGAUGAUUUAAUGAGUAGUGAAUCAAAAACUAACCAAGAAACAUUGCCCUCCGAAGGCAGAGAAGACCACAAUGUAUCUACUGUGUCUUUAGGUAAAGGCGUUACCGAAGAAGCUGUCUUCAAGAAGCCAUCUGAUCCAGAGCCCUCCUCGGGGUACAUGGUACAUCUUGUAACAGCCUCAUCUACCACACCAAGGCAGGAUGUGACAGAUUUAACAUUUCUGAUUAGCACACCACAAGAAAUGCUGAGAUACAAGAUAUUCAAAGAUCUAUGGGAGACAGGCUAUUAUCUCACUUCAGGCUGUAAAUUUGGUGGUGACUUUCUCGUUUAUCCAGGUGAUCCAUUCCUUUAUCAUUCCUACUUUAUAGCUGUCUGCAUCCCUUAUCAGAGGUUUCUAUCUCCCCUGGACCUAAUCACCUACGGACGCCUUGCUACUAACGUCAAGAAAACAGUCAUAAUAUGUUCAAUUAAUGGCGAUGAUGAUGCUGUCUACACAUCACUACAAUGGACUGGACUCAGCUGAAACUCUCGCUUUGUUGACACAACCAAAGUAUACCAUUUAAUUGAUCCAAAAUUUGACUUUAUGUUUUACAAAAUUUACAAUGAAAUUUUUUGUGUUUGUCCAUUCAACUUAUUAUUAACACACACACAUAUUGAACAGAUAAUUAUUUUAGAGGCAACUUUUAAAAUUGUGUAAAAGUGACAGUUAUACUUUAAAAACUGUGUAAAAAAUGAUCAGAUUUCAGUAAGUAGGAUUCAUCAAUAUGUACACUUAAUUACGAAAAUGUAUUAAAAUUGUCUGGAUCACAUGCAAUCCCUUUUUUCUUGUCAUGUACAAAAUGCAUAAGCCAUGAGGACAUUUAUAUACCUCGUUACAAAUGGUUUUUAUCAUGUAUUAAAUGCUCUUUUUUCUCAACAACAACAAUAAUAAUAAUAAUAUUCUAUUUAUACGUAGCGCUUU